AUGGACGCGGCUACAGAUCAGACCAUCCUCCGUCAUGAGGUGGCGGAGGUGGCCUUCGGCUUCUACAGCGAUGUCGAGAUCCGCGACCUUAGUGUCAAGCAGCUUACCAGCCGCUUGAGCUUCGACUCGCUUAACAACCCUGUGGUGGGCGGCCUGUACGACCCCGCAUUGGGUCCCGUGGACUUCAACAUGAUCUGUCCUACAUGCCACCAGACGCAAAAGGAGUGUCCUGGUCAUCUCGGUCACAUUGAGCUGCCUGUGCCCGUGUACAACCCCGUGCUCUUUGGCCAAAUGCUUAACCUGCUCAAGCGCAAAUGCUUCACUUGCCAUAAGUUCCGUGUGGCCAGCGCUCGCUCGCGCGUUGUGCGUGUUAAGAUCCUUUUGCUGGACAACGGCUUCGACAACGAAGCAGCCCAGCUAGGCGAACUGCUCGAGCAGCGCAACGGCGUCGAGGACGAACCCCCGCAGCGAACGUUUCAGCGCCAACAGGCCAUUCUGGAUGAGUAUGAGCGCCUCGCGCUAUCCAAGAGCAGCAGCAGCAGCAACGGCAAGACGCAGCUGCUGCGUCCACUGCCUCGCGUGGCUGAGGUGACUCGCGAAAAGCUCGCGAUUGAGUUUCUCAAGAGCAUGAAGAACAAGUGCGAGAACUGUGGAUCCAUCUCACCCGCUAUCAGACAGGAUGCCAACGCCAAAAUCUUCCUCAAGGGACUUAGCGCACGCUCUCGCAAGGUCAACCGGUCCAAGAACCUGACGGUGACGUCUGCUCUAGACACUAUCCGAGGCAAUGUGUCGGACAAAGAGGACGAGAAUAUGAACGGAGAUGACUCCGAGUCGGAAAUGGAGGACGAUGAAGAUACGUACCCAGCCACGGAGGACUCGUCGUCACGUAGCAAGUUCCUGCCUCCUCUUGAGGUGCAGUCUCAGCUGCAGUUGAUGUGGCAGAACGAGGAUGGUCUCAUGGAACUGCUUUACGGUGACCGCAACAUUGCUAGCGGCCGUGUCUCUGGUCGUAAGCCCGACGGAUGGCGCAAGUUCUUCCUUAACGUGAUUCCUGUUGCGCCUUCACGUUUUCGUCCGCCCGUGUUCAUGGGCGACAAGCAGUUCGAGCACGCUCAGAACUCUCAUCUGUCGAAGAUUAUGACGCUUAGCGAAAGCAUUGUUCAGAGUGACUACUACAAGCGCCAGGCCACUACGACGUCUGACGAGGAUGACGCCGAGAAGGAGGAGCAGGUGAAUCUCUCACGUAAACUCGCUCUGUGGACGGAGCUGCAGAACGCUGUCAAUCUGCUGGUGGAUAGCAGCAAGGCCAAACCGGGUACCGACGUUGCGCAGGGUAUCAAGCAGGUUAUCGAAAAAAAGGAGGGUCUUUUCCGCAAGCACAUGAUGGGUAAGCGUGUCAACUACGCCGCUCGUUCGGUUAUCUCUCCUGAUCCGUACAUUAGUACCAGCCAGAUUGGUGUGCCGCUACGUUUCGCUAAGACUCUUACGUACCCACAGCCUGUGACGCCGUGGAAUGUGGAGGAGAUGCGUCAACUUGUUACCAACGGACCGGACGUCCACCCUGGCGCUAACUUUGUGGAGAGCGAGAAUGGACGUUUGAUUGACUUGAGCAAGCGUACACCGCACCAGCGUGAGGCUAUCAGUAAGACACUGCUUACGCGCUCUGCAAGCGCCCAGGGCACCAGCAAGAACCGAGUGAAGCGCGUUUGGCGCCACCUGAAAACUGGUGAUGUGGUGCUGAUGAACCGACAGCCGACACUGCACAAACCCAGUAUUAUGGCCCACACCACUCGUGUUCUUACCAACCCGAAGAUGCAGACUAUUCGUAUGCACUACGCCAACUGUAACACGUUCAACGCCGAUUUCGAUGGUGAUGAGAUGAACAUGCACUUCCCGCAGAACGAGUUGGCUCGUGCGGAGGCUUACAACAUUGCGUCCAAUGACAACCAGUAUAUUGUGCCGACGGAUGGUUCGCCGCUGCGUGGUCUGAUUCAGGAUCACGUCGACUCCGGUGUGAAGCUGACUCAGCGUGACACGUUCCUCAACAAGGAUAUGUACAUGCAGCUACUGUACAACGCCUGGGCUAGUAUGGAGGAUGCUGGAGUGGAAAAGGCACACAUUGAGACUGUGCCGCCUGCUAUUCUCAAGCCGGAGCCGCUCUGGACGGGUAAGCAGGUUAUCACCUCGGUACUCAAGCUCCUGACGAAGGGCCUACCGCCUCUGAACUUGGACAGCAAGGCUAAGAUUAAGGGCGACCUGUACGGCUCAGCGAACAACGAGCACAUCGUGAUUUUCCGCGAUGGCGAGCUGCUUCAGGGUGUGCUUGACAAGAGUCAGUUUGGUGCGAGCAUGUACGGUAUGGUGCACGCAUGCUACGAAGUGUACGGCGCCCGUAUCGCCGCUGAUUUCCUGUCUGCGCUUGGUCGUCUGUUCACGUGCUACCUGCAGUUCGCUGGACACACUUGUGCUAUGGAGGAUCUGACGCUUAACACAUCUGCCGAGAAGCGCCGCCACAAGCUCGUCAAGGAUUCGGAAGUCAUGGGCGAGGAGGCUUACGCUGAGUUUGCUGGUCUUACGGAACUUCUCGAAAAGAAGCGAGCAGAGGAGAAGAAUGGAAAGAAGCGCCGCAUGAACGAGGAGGAACGCGCGCAGAUCCGCGACCGUAUGCGCACGCUGUUGUCUGGACCUGACGCUGACUACAACGCAAAGGCUCUCGAUGCUCACAUGAUGGGCUGCGUGCACGGAUCCAAUAGUGACAUUAUCAAGACGUGUCUGCCGUCCGGCCAGUCGAAGGCGUUUCCGAAGAACAAUUUCUCAUUGAUGGUGCUGACUGGAGCCAAGGGCUCCAUGGUCAACCACUCGCAGAUUUCGUGUGGUCUUGGUCAACAGGCUCUUGAAGGCCGACGUGUGCCUAUCCUUUGCAGUGGUCGUUCACUGCCGUCAUUCGAGCCAUUCGACCCUGCCCCGCGCGCUGGUGGUUACGUUACGGAUCGCUUCCUUACUGGUCUGCGCCCUCAGGAGUACUAUCACCAUUGUAUGGCUGGCCGUGAAGGUCUGGUUGAUACGGCUGUGAAGACCAGUCGUAGUGGUUACCUGCAGCGUUGUCUGAUCAAGCAUCUUGAAGACCUGAACGUCGGCUACGACCACACUGUUCGCAACAGCGAUGGUAGCGUGAUCCAGUUCCUGUACGGUGAGGAUGGUAUUGACCCCGUGCAAAGUGCCAUGUUGUCUGGCAAGGAUGCCCAAUUCGACUUCCAGGCGAUGAACCACCGCAGUAUCUCGCACAAGUAUGGUAUCAAUGCGAAGUUCUUCGAGAACACCAAGCUGGACAUCAUGAAGCCGUUGAAGCUACACCAAGAAGUUCGCGAGGCGAAGGAGAAUAACUACGUUAACACGUCGUCGCUGCUGAGGGCUGGUGUUAAGGUUAUGGCCCGCCGUUUGAAGCAGGGUGAGACCAAGUGGAAACGCGGCAACAUCGAGUUGGGCUUCCAUGCUGCUGAGAUUGUGGCUUUGGCAGAGGAGAACGAGGAUGGCCGUGAGUGCAAGUACGACAUUAAGUAUUUGGACACUGGCCUGAAGUCGUUUGGUGUUCCUCGCACUGCCAAAUUCAAGGCGACCAAACCGACGAACGCAACUCGUGCCAUGUCUGGUCGGGUAGACAUCAUUAAGGUGUCGCUAGAGGAUCCGGUUAUGCAGAGCCUGCCACUAAGCAAACAUGUUGGUUUGAUUUCGGAGCGUAUUCAGGACAAACUGCGCAACUACAACACGCGUAACCCGUCUAGGUGCCUUGAGUUGAUGAAAAAGAAGAAGAGCAAGAAGUCGAAGAAGAGCAAGCGUGCUGCAGAAGGCGAAGUUGAUCGAGAGGUCAUGCAGUCAAAGCACGUCGUGAGCCCUGACGCUUUCCAGCUUCUUGUGUGGGUGAAUUAUCUACGCAGUAUGUGUGCUCCUGGUGAGAACGUCGGUAUCCUGGCUGCCCAGGGUAUUGGUGAACCGUCUACCCAGAUGACGCUCAACACAUUCCAUCUUGCUGGUCACGGUGCUGCUAACGUGACGCUGGGAAUUCCGCGUUUGCGUGAAAUUAUCAUGACAGCCAGUCAGAAGAUGUCUACUCCUAUGAUGACCAUCCCUCUCCGUGACGAUGUGGAGUCGUCCCGGGCACAGGAAGUGGAGCAGCGUCUGAACCAGGUCGCGCUUUCGGAGCUUAUCAACAAUACCAACGGUGUUCGUGUGAAGGACCAGUUCCACAGUAGCGAGAAUGGUAUCUUGUGGGUGCGCGAUUACCAGAUCCGUCUCACUUUUUUCAAGCUUAAGGAGAUCAAGAGAGUGUUCGGAUUGAGUGCCAACCAGGUGUUCAACUCUGUCGGACGGGGCUUCGUCGGCAAGCUGCUUACGCUAAUCUCCCGGGAGAUGAAGAAGAGCGGAGUGACUGUUUCAGCUGUGGCGGAGAAGAACAACUUCAAGGCUCCUUCGGGCGCUGACCGGAAGAAGACAAACGAUGACGACGAAGAUGAUGACGAUGAGCAAGGUACGCUUCGCUUUGGCAGCCGUGGUGAAGUCCAGGGCUAUGGUGAGAUGGACGAGGAGGACGAGAAGAUUCGCAAGGCUCAGAUGGCCGAUGACUCGGACAUCGAUUCCGAUGAUGAGACUUCGGGCAUUAAGAAGAGCAACGACGCGGAGUCUUCCGAUGACGAGCCAAUGGAGAACGGCUCCGCAAAGAAGUCCAAGAAGCAGCAGAGGAAGACUUUUACCGCUGAUGGUAUGGAAUCCCUCGAGGUCCCGAACAGCGUGCGCAAGAACCCGUACUUUGUGUUCUGCGGACGCAACGACAAGGAGAACUACGUGGAGCUGCACCUGCGUUUCCCCACGCACUCCAAGACGCUGUUGAUGGUGCCGCUUGUAGAAAGAGUUGCCAAGCAGGUGCUGGUGCAGUACUGCCCAGGCAUUUCGCGAUGCUACCUGAUCAACCAGCGCAUCGGCGAGUCGCAGGAGGAGAAACCGUGUGUACAGACGGAAGGUCUCAAUUUCCAGGAGAUCUGGGGCUUUGACGACAUCCUGGAUGUCAACAACCUCGCUACCAACGACAUCUACCAGGUGCUGCAGACGUAUGGUGUUGAGGCUGCGCGCGCAAGUAUUUCCAAGCAAAUUAUGGACGUGUUCGGCGUGUAUGGUAUCAGCGUUGACCCGCGUCACCUAAGCUUGCUUGCCGACUACAUGACCGCACAAGGCGGAUACAUGCCACUCAACCGUAUGGGUAUGAACAACAAGGGCUCAUCUCUGCAGCAGAUUACGUUCGAGACGUCCAUGAAGUUCCUGUCCCAGGCUGCGUUGGGUGGUCUCGUGGACAAGCUAGAGAGUCCAUCAGCUCGUAUUGUGCUUGGCCAGCCGCCGCGUGUGGGCACGGGCACCUUCUCGCUUUUGCAGCCGAUUGCAUUAUAA